AUGACGGACGAGAACGCCGGUGGUGAACAGCCAAAGCUUUCGAAGAAGGAGCUGAACAAGCUCGCGAGAAAAGCCCAAAAGGCCGAAAAAGCUGGAGCGGUAGGGAAAUAUGGGAAUAUUUGGGUUAUAUGGGAUUUUAGAAGGGCGAUAACAGCCAGCAACAAGCUGGAGGUGAUGACGAGGAUUUCUCCAAGGAUUUUUACGGAUCCUACGGUCUGAUUCAGUCGACCGAGAAGAGAGAUAUCAGUUUCACGCCGGUCAAGGGUGUUUCUGGCGAUUUGGCCGGUCAGAAGGUGAUUUAUUCUUUCAAGUUGGUUGGGAAGCUUCUCACAAUAUUCCCAAUGAAUUUUGAACAACAAAAAAAGCUUAUAAUUUUUUUGAAAAAAAUAAUAUUUUUUUCCAGGUUUGGCUCCGGGGCCGCGUCCACAACAUUCGGGCCAAGGGGAAAACUUGUUUCAUCGUCCUCCGCCAAGGAAUUUACACGAUUCAAGUUGCGAACCAACAAAAAAUCAAUAUAAUUUCUAGAUUUAGGUGUCCCUCUUCGUGACGGAGAAAAUCAGCAAGCAGAUGAUCAAAUUCGUGGCGGGAAUCUCGAAGGAAUCGAUAAUCGACGUCGAAGGAAGCGUCGAGAAAGUUGAAAACCCCGUCGAUUCCUGUACCCAAAAAGACGUCGAACUUUUGGCGUCGCAGGUCUUGUUUUUGUUAUAAAAUUGUAUGGAAUUGCUCCAUUUUGGUUCUCAGAACUGUUUCGAAAUCCGUGCUGGGGAUUUUCGAAUGGCCUAAACGGCUUUUCGUUUCGAAACCCAUAUCAAAUCAAUCAAUGCGCCUUUAAAAACACCAGCAAGGAUUUCAAAACGUGAUGUAUAUUUUGGAAUUGUCUCUAUUUGAAUACUUUCUGUGCUUUUAGUUGAAGAGCAGAAUGAAUCACAGUAUUUGCUUGAAAAGUAGUUGGAAACGGUUUAAAAAUCUAGAUUUUUUUCAAUUUUCAUAUUGUUAUAAUUGAUAGAAAUUUGCUCUCUGUGAUGAUUUUUCGUAAUAAACUGGAAUUUUUCUUUUGUUUCAAAGUUGAUAAUUUGAAUUUUUUUCGAGAAUACUGAGUUGAAUACUUUAGAAACAUAAAUUGAGUUCUGUUUUUGUAUUUUUUUCAAACUUAUUGGUUUAUUUCAGAAAUUUGAUAGAUUAUUUGAGUAUGAAAUGAAAAAUUCGGCAGUUUUUCAAUUUUUUCAAACUUUAUUUUUUUGAACGUGAUUGAAAUUUCAAUAUCAUUAAAGAUUUUUGAAAACACCUAGGGUGGAAGGAUCCUUUUUUUAAGUUUGAAUAAUUUUUCGAUCCAUUUUUUUGUAUCGAUUUUUUUGGGUAAUUUUCGUGUUUCCAAUCGAUAAUUUAUACAUUUCUUUUAAUUGAAAAGAUGAUUAUAAAGUGAAUUCUAAGAAGAAUUGUCCAUAUUAAGUUUCAAAUAGAGAUUUCAAACUGUCGAAAAGUUUGGUAAAAAGUAAUUUUUUUCGCAAAAUACAGUAGGAUUUGAACGGUUUUUUUCAUGAAUCUCUGGAAGUUGCUCAGAACUUUAUUUUUAAGUUUUAUCAGCCCUUUAUAAUCUUUUUUUAUUCGUUGAGAAGAAAGCUUUCUGGUUUAAAAUUAAAUAGAGAAGGUAAUUUUUUUCGUUAAAGAAAUGAAUUUCAUACGAUUUUUUUCUUCAGAAAAAGUUCAUUUUAAUCGCUUUUUUUCGUUUUUCAGUGAACUUAACCGUGAAAAAAAGUAAGAUCUUAACGGAAUGUGAUAGUUCCUGAGGCCUGAAGAGCGCUGACGCUACUUAAGUAGUCACUAGAAAUGCUCAAAAUAGUUCGCAUUACCAAGUGUUUUAUAAAUUAUUUGAAACUUCUUAUAAAAAAGUGAUAAUAAUAACUCUGAUUUUUCAACGGGUUUUUCGACUAGAAAUCCUCGAUUUUCCCCGUUCCAAUAGUUCUUAUCCUUUUUCCACCUCCAUCCAUACCUUUCUCAUCCUAUUUCGUUCAAUAAAGAAGUAUCAAAAGAGUCUUUCUCGUUACAAUAAAAAGUGUUCAUGCAUUUUUUGCAGGUUUUCGUGGUUUCGGCCUCGGAUCCACGACUUCCGCUCCAAAUCGAAGAUGCUUCCCGGAGCGCUCCGACCGAGGAGGAAAAAGCGGGAAAUAAUAAAUUGGCCGUCGUUAAUCUGGAUACUCGGCUUGAUAAUCGGUGAAUAUGAGAGAAAAAUGGAGGGGAAAGCUGAGGAUUUGAAGAAAAUUGAGGGGUUUUCAAGAAAAUGGAGUUGGCUUGGUUUUUUAGAGUUUUUGGGAACUUUGAUUUUUUUUUUAGAAGGUAUAAGGUAAGAAGAAGAAGACAAACAUGGGAGAAACCAAAAGUUUGUAGAAAAUUGAGUUUUUUAAAAUUUUUUACAGUUUUUAUGAACUUUAUUUAUUAUUUUUUUAGAAGGUGAAAGGGAAGGAAAAAUGGAGUGAAAAGUUGAAAAUUUGAAGGAAAAUCAAAGAUUUUUUUGAGAUUCCAUGGACUUUUUUCACAAGGUAAAAGGAAAAAUGGAGGGAAAAGCUGAAUUUUUGCAAAAAAAUUAAGAGAUUGAAGGAAGAAGGAGUGAGUUUACGGGUGAUUUUAAUAGUUUUUUUAAGACUUUUACUUUUUCUAGAUCUGUUUUUUUCUUGAAAGACGAUGAGAAAAAAAUGGAAAAAAAUGCUGGAUUUUCCAAGAAAAAAAUCACACAAUUUCCAAGCGUUUUUUUAGGUCGAAUUAAGCAUUUUUAUAAAUUUUAUUUUUUUGUUUCAAAAUUUUCGAAAAGUACUAAAAAAAAAUUCGACUCCCUUAUUUUUCUUCUUUUUUUGAAUAAAAAAAGUUUCAACUGGAAAAAUUUUUCAUUUAAAAAAUUUUUUUAUGGUUUUGGUGCUGAAAAAGGGCAUUAAUGGAUUCAUUUUUUUAGGAUAAAAGUUCAAUUUUUUUCGCAUUUUUUUGGAGUUAAUGGAAUUUUUUUGAAUUUUUUUGAUUUUUCUAUAUACUCACGAUGCUGAAAAAUAAGAUAAUAUUGAAUUUUUUUCUUCAUUUCAUGAUUUUUUUCUUUUAGAUAUAAACGCUUUAGUUCGAAAUAUUUUUCAUAGUUUCAAAAAUAAGUUUUAUUUGAUUUUAUAAUAGCACUUUUUCUUCUAGAAUCCUGGACCUUAAUUUUUAAAUUUUUGUUUAGUUGAUAAGCUUUUUCUCUCAAAUUCAUCGAUUUUUUUCUUCUAGGAUCCUGGACCUUCGUACGACGACUUCCCGCGGGAUUUUUUGCGAUCCAAUCCGGCGUCUGCCAUCUUUUCCGCAGCAUCCUGAACGGCCGGGGAUUUUUUGGAAAUCCAGACGCCCAAAAUUAUCUCGGCUCCCAGCGAAGGAGGCGCCAAUGUCUUUGAGGUUUUUACCAAAAAGAUUAAAUUUCCUGAAAAAAAUUGAGAUUUUUCGGUAUAGUCUUCAUAGAGUUUUUUUACUUUUUGGAAGAUUCGUAGAAAAAGUAAGGACGAAAUUACUGUUUCAGUUCUCCAAUUUAUUAAGUGAAACUUAAAAUAUUACGUUCUUCUCAUUUGUGCUCGAAGAAAAAAAUUUACAAAAACAGUAAUUUGACUUUUUUUGAAUGCGUUCUUUUGCGAAAAAAAUGUAUGAAAAGUAAGAAAAAUGGCUCAAUUUUUGAAAUUUAGAGUAGAAAAUCUUCCUUUUUUUGUCACUUUUUCAAAAACUGCCCUUUUACAAACAUUUUGUGACAAUUUUUUUCCGAUUUCUAAAUUUUUCAAAAGCAAAAAAAGACCAAAAAAAUAUAGGUAUUAUUUUUUUAAAUUUGAAUUUUUUUGCUUUUCUUUCCGUUUCAGGCGUUUUUGAGAUUUUUCGCGAUUAAUUCUAUUUUUUUCCUAAUGGAAAGGACCGUAUUUUAAAGAUAAUACCGCAAAACUCCAAAAUAAUUUGAAACGGAAUUUCGAAAGUCGUCUUUUUGAGGUAGAGUAUUGCUUUUUCAUAAAGGUGAAUUAGUUGCAAAAAAUAAUCCGAAAAAAAUAGCUUCCUUUUUCUGUUUCAAAAUAGUUUUAAAAAGUAAAAUUUCGAAUACUAAAUUUGUUUUUUUGGCUUUUAGAUUUGAGAAAGUUUGAUAAAAAUUUGAUUUCAAUUAAGAAGAUAUAUUUCAUUUCUUCCCAGUCUGGAUAAUUUUUUUCUGAAACCUCGAGCUAAGCUUUCUACGUUUCAGACAUUUCUUGAAAGAGUAGUAUAAACAUUUUCCGAUUAAUAAGAUUUUUCGCCGAUUUAUCGUACAUUUUCUUGAACUUCUGUUUUUAAAAAGAGGUGAUGGAAAGAAUAUAAGACCGUUUUUUGAAGAUAAUAAGGAAAAACUCUUGGAAAAAUGUGAAGCGGAGUGUUGAAAAUUGCCUUUUUGUCAUUUUUUUAAUGAAGGUAAAAAUUGGAAAAAAAUAGUUUACUUUUCCUGUUUCAAAAUAUUUUUAAAAGGAAAAAUUUUUAAAUGUUUUUUUGUUCUCGAUGGCGCCUUCGGUGGUAUGAAAGUCAGCGAAUUUUUCGAACGGCGACUUUUCCAAUUUUUUUCAAAUCGCUAGGGAACUUUCCGACGAAUCUUUUUUUCCGACUUUUUUUCUCGAUAAAAUCUUCGUUUUGAAUCUUCCUAUAUAAAAAUAGGUAGUUGGUUCAUUAUUAAAACACACAGAAAUAGGAUUGUUUAUAGAUGUUUUAUAAACCCAAAAACAUAAGGGAAAAAAAUCAGAAAAGGGGUCCGUCGGAUUUUUGAUGCUGUAGAAAAAUGUUUUGAGAAUUUGUGUAGAAAAAUGUGACUAUGAUUUUUUUGAAUUUGUUUCCAGCUUUCUCUACUUUUCAAACAUUGAAAAGUUUAAAAGGCCGCAUUUUUAAGGAAAUAGGGAAAAAAACCUUCAAAAAUGUGAAGCGUAGUGUGGAAGAUCCUCUUUUAAAUUGAAAAUAAAGCUCCGAAAAUUGAGAAAGGCUUCUUUUUUACUGCCUGCCACCAUUCCUUGAGCCUUUAAAAUCCGAAAAAAAAAGGCUCGAUAAAGGGGACCCUUUUUACGGCCUUUUUUCUGCCAUUUUGAAGCCUUUUUGCUGCCUUUUUUGAGCCUCUCCCUUUUAUCGACCAUUAUCCACCACUCCCACUUUCCCCAAGUAUCCGGUUUUGUCCAGAAUUUUCAAAAAAAGCAUUUAAUUCUAUUAGAAAAAUUUUUUUCCAGGUGA